AAGAACAAGAAACCUGAUCAAAAUCCAACAAAAUCAACAUAGAUAUAACUGGUGGGAUUGUCAAUUGUUUCAGACGGUUUCAGAUCCAAUUCCUUGGGUUUAUAGGCUGACAGAUAUUGCAAAUGUGAUUAAAACACUUCCAUUUCAUUUCAAACUGAUGGGAUUGUCAAUUGUUUCAGACGGUUUCAGUUCCAAUUCCUUGGGUUUAUAGACUGACAGAUAUUGCAAAUGUGAUUAAAACACUUCCAUUUCAUUUCAAUCAGUAUGAUAAUGCAAUGGAAUCGAACGUUAACAAAUUUAUGAACAGCUCACCACACCCAUUUUCGGAUUUCAUUGCAGGCGCUGCUACUUCUGUGGCUUUCUCAUAACACAUGGCUUCCUGUUUUACUUUGUUUAACACGAGUAUUAGGCAUGGUUUCCGCAAUAGCGGCCAUGGAAUCUGCUCGUUGUCAUCAAUAUAUUUGUUGCAGAACGAGCAUUCAGAAACAUAGUUGUAUAUCGGCAUUUGCGGCUACUUAUCAUGGCAUUUGCAGUGUUCCUGUUCUUGAACAAUACCCAAACUCAGAAUUACAAGACAAUGAAAUGUGGGGGAAGAGAAUGAAUCAUGAUGGCUUCAACGCCUGUGCCUGCCUUCUCCAGGCAUGCGGUAGCUUUACACAGCUUCUAAAACUGCAUACCCACAUUGUCAUCAACGGUCUUCAGCAUAACAUAGUUUUGGGUGCCAAACUGGUAACGAUGUACGCCAAAUUCGGUGAUUUGGGUGAUGCACGGAAAGUGUUUAACAAAAUGCCUGAACGAAAUGUGUUCCUAUGGAAUGCAAUGAUAAGAGGGUAUGCCGGGAAAGGUUUUUGGCAGCAGACGCUUGAACUGUAUUUCGAGAUGCGAGCUUCAGGCACAGAGGCCGACUAUUUAACGUUUCCCGUUGUAAUCCGGGCGUGCGCGGUGUUAUCAGCUUUGCAAAAGGGCAAAGAGAUCCAUUGUCACGUUGGCAGGGGUGGAUUCGAGUCGGAUAUCUACGUGGGAAAUGCACUGAUAGAUAUGUAUGCCAAGUGUGGUAGUGUAAGUGAUGCUCGCCAAGUGUUUGACAAAAUGCUCCAUAGAGACGUGAUUUCAUGGACUGCUAUGAUCGGAGGCUAUUCGCAGAAUGGACAGGCUAGUGACGCGUUGUUUCUAUUCGAUCUGAUGCAGCGUUCAGAUGUACAGCCGAAUGCAGUUACGUUUGUGAAUGUGCUCCCAGCAUGUGCCGAUUUAGGCUUUCUGCAAAAAGGUGAGCAUCUUCACAAUCACAUAAUUGAAAGUGGAUUUGGGUUUGAUAUUUCUGUCGGAACUGCUCUUAUAGACAUGUACGCCAAAUGUGGGAGUAUUGAAAAAGCUCGCCGCGUGUUUGACAAAAUGCAUGAAAGAAAUAUCAUCAUGUGGACUGCCAUGAUUACAGGUUAUAUCCGAAAUGGGUGUGGGGAAAUGGCACUUAACCUCUUUCAUCAGAUGCUAAUGACAAACUUGAAACCUGACUCCGUCACCAUUGUAAAUGUAUUGUCAGCUUGCAUCAAUUCAGGAAACCUAAAUCAUGGGAAGUGGAUCCAUGAAUAUGUAAUUCAAAAUGGACUUGAGUUGGAUGUUUCUAUAGAGAAUUCCCUGGUGGCAAUGUAUGCUGGGUGUGGAAAUCUGCAGGUUGCACGAGAACUAUUUGAUAAGCUUUCACAAAAGACUGUGAUGUCAUGGAAUGCUAUGAUUGCAGGGUACGCUGAAAAUCGUCAUUUUAAAGAAGUAAUGGCACUCUUUAGUCAGAUGAAACUAACGGAUGUGAAACCCAAUUCGAUCACUAUGGUGAGUCUGCUUUCAGCGUGUUCGGUUUUAGGAGAUCUGCAACUAGGCAUGUGGAUUCAUAAUUACAUCAUCAGAAAUGGGUUUGAGUCAAAUGUUUUUGUGGGGACAGCAGUUACAGACAUGUAUUGCAAAUGCGGGGGUAUAGAGCUUGCUCGAGUUGUUUUUGAUACCAUGUGUGAAAAAAAUGUAGUCUCUUGGAGUGCUAUGAUUGCAGGGUAUGCCCAGAAUGGGCUUGCGAAUGAGGCUUUUACAUUGUUUCAAGAAAUGCAAUUUGCAGAUAUCACACCCAAUCCAAUUACUUUCAUUGGCCUGCUUCCUGCAUGUGCCGACUUACAAGAUUUGGGACAAGGCAGGAGCAUCCAUGGAUACAUUAUUAGAAGUGGAUUUGACUCGAAUGUUUCUGUGCAAACUGCACUUCUGGAUAUGUAUGCCAAAUGUCGGGAUAUAGAAGCUGCUGGCCAAUUGUUUGACAACAUUUCUACAAGAGAUGUGGUUUCUUGGAAUGCUAUGAUUGCUGGUUAUGCUCAGAAUAUACAUGCCACGAAAGCUUUGACACUUUUUCAUGAAAUGAAACUUGCAAAUGUGCAACCAGAUUCUGUGUCAAUGACAUGCGUGCUUCCAGCAUGUGCUCAUCUGGCAGCUUUAGAGCAGGGAAAAUGGAUCCAUACUAACAUAAUCAGGAGUGGAUUUGAUUCAGAAAUUUCUGUGGUCACUGCCCUUAUUGAUAUGUAUACCAAGUGUGGAGCUUUAUAUUUUGCAUGUAAACUAUUUGACAAAAUGGUGGAAAAGGAUGUAGUCUCGUGGAAUACAAUGAUUGGAGCAUAUGGAAUGCAUGGAUACUCAAAGGAGGCCCUUGAACUUUUUAGCAAAAUGCGAUCAAUGUGCGUUAAACCUGAUCAAAUUACCUUUGUUUGUGUUUUGUCCACUUGCAGUCAUGCAGGCCUGGUGGAUGAAGGUUGGCAAAAUUUUAAAUGCAUGUUACAAGACUAUUGCAUCAAACCUAGUAUGGAGCAUUAUGCUUGCAUGGUUGAUCUUCUCGGCCGUGCUGGUCAAUUGGACGAGGCACACAUCUUUAUCCAAAACAUGCCAUUAGAACCUGACGCAGGAAUAUGGGGGGCAUUGCUUGGUGCUUGCAAGAUCUAUUGCAACAUCCAACUAGGAGAACUUGUGGCAGAACGCCUUUUCCAGUUAGAACCUGACAAUGCUGGACAUUACGUACUACUCUCAAACAUCUAUGCCGCAGUUAGCAGGUGGGAUGACAUGGCAAAAGUGAGGAGAAAGAUGAAAGGUAAGAGAUUACAAAAGACACCAGGGUACAGCUCAAUUGAGGUAAACUACAGGGUUCAUGUCUUCCUUGUAGAAGACUGAUGACAUCCUGAAGCCAAGAGUAUUUAUGCCAUUUUGGCUUGUAUGAGCGGAUGGAGUCAGGUGUUGUCCUAGCACAGUUUUUGAGCUGUGGUGUGGAGAAGUGAUGGUGAACAUACGAUUGAUAAUCGCAAGGAGGGGUGGCCACUGCUUGUGGGCUUAUCAACACAAAUCCAGGGAUCACAAAUUGCCUUAAGGUUUGUGAUGAUUGUCAUGAUCACCGACCGUUUCUCUUUUCCCCUGGUUCUUCGCUUAUCUGAUGUCUUUACAUAUUUGGAGAUUAAAAAACAUCUGUAUUAUGAUGACGAAAAUCCUUAUAUCUGCCGCGACAAACAAUAAAGAGAUAUUGUGCCUGCUUUUCUUGUGGAUGUAGCCAUUAACGGUGAGCCACGUAAUUCACUGUGUUGUGUCUUUCUCUUUCUGUGCAAUUGUUAUUUGCUAAAUCUGAGAUUGUGUUUUCCUUGAACUGCUCUUUAUAAUUAACAAUUGAAAUCAGAUCUGAAUGAAAUCGAGAAGAGAUGGAAGAUGCAGAUAAGUGAAGGAUUGAAAAAUUCUUGGGCCAGAACUUUGGGAUAUGGAAGUUGCAAUUUGAAGAGCGGCUAAUGCAGAGAGAUGUCUCAAUUACGCUAGAAGGGAAAUCGAAGAAUCCAGAUGCGAUGUCUGAUGAAGGUUGGGACAGGUUGGAUAAGAAGACAGUGGCAACAAUAGUCUUCUUUCUAUCCAUUAAUGUGUUAUUUAAUUGUGCAACAGAAAAAAACAGUGAAAAGAUUGUGGGAAAAAUCGUCGCACAUGUCAAAUUAAAUUUAUCACAAUGAAACUAAGGCCUUCAAGAUCGCAUUGAUCUUCAUGGGGUACGCCAUUUUUAUA